AUGUUGACUUCCAUUGUGGGUAAUUUAUUUGGAUUCAAGGCUCUGCGUGCUCUACGUCUGGAGGAUUUACGAAUCCCUACUGCUUAUGUUAAAACUUUCCACGGCCCGCCUCAUGGUAUCCAGGUUGAAAGAGAUAAAUUGAACAAGUAUGGUCGCCCUCUAUUGGGAUGUACUAUUAAACCAAAAUUGGGAUUAUCCGCUAAGAAUUAUGGUAGAGCAGUUUAUGAAUGUCUACGCGGUGGACUUGAUUUUACCAAAUAUGAUGAAAACGUGAAUUCCCAACCAUUUAUGCAUUGGAGAGACUGUUUCCUAUUUUGUGCGGAAGCCUUUUAUAAAUCACAGGUUGAAACAAGUGAAAUCAAGGGACAUUACUUGAAUGCUACUGUAGGUACAUGCGAAAAUGAGGAGAUGAAAAGGGUUGUAUUUGCCAGAGAAUUGGGAGUUCCUAUCGUAAUGCAUGACUACUUAACAGGUGGAUUCACUGCAAAUACUAGCUUGGCUCAUUAUUGCCGAGAUAAUGGUCUACUUCUUCACAUUCACCGUGCAAUGCAUGCCGUUAUUGAUAGACAGAAGAAUCAUGGUAUGCACUUCCGUGUACUAGCUAAAGCAUUACGUAUGUCUGGUGGAGAUCAUAUUCACGCUGGUACCGUAGUAGGUAAAGUCGAAGGGGAAAGAAACAUCACUUUAGGCUUUGUUGAUUUACUACGUGAUGAUUUUAUUGAAAAAGACCGAAGCCGCGGUAUUUAUUUCACUCAAGAUUGGGUCUCUUUACCAGGUGUUCUGCCAGUGGCUUCCGGUGGUAUUCACGUUUGGCAUAUGCCUGCUCUAACCGAGAUUUUUGGAGAUGAUUCUGUACUACAAUUCGACGGAGGCAACAUUAAUACCAUAGAAAUUCUCCCACUUGCCCUAUAUUACGUUGCUUGA